AUGCGGUGCAAUCUAAAUUGCCACAGUGGUUAUGGUAAAAGAUCAAAACCUACAAACUUAUCUUCUGCCUUCCUUCGUGAUCGUCCUCGUGGCCUUGGACUACUACAACUUCCUACUGGCAUGACUGACGAACGUUCGGCUCCAUUUUUCCCAAAUUUAUAUAUGGCCGGAGACAAGGCAGGUGAAAAACCGGUGUCCGUGCCAGAUGUGCAUCUUCCUGGUCAAAUGGCAGUUUUUACUGGACGAUCCGCAUUCAACCCAUUUACCCAUGCUGUCGCAGCCACUUUCAAUGAAGAUUUGGUCGACUCGUGGGGUACUGGAUAUGCUGUCAAUGGUGUCAACAACUACAACUUGCAAGUGCGACGAAAUUUUGACCAGUAUGCCAACGCCCCAUUCGACAGAAAUGAUGGUCAGUAUCAACCAUUUCUCGCCGCUGGUACCGUAGGAGGAGAGUACGAUUUGAGCAAGAUUAGAGAAGUUGCUGGUCAUCUCGAUCUACCAGUGCUCGGGGUAAAUGAGCUUUUUGAUUUGGAUGGACGACUUAUGCUCAAAGCUCCUUUCAUCCGAGAUCGCCCUAGAGGACUUGGUCUCUUACAAUUACCUACUGGUAUGACUGAUGAACGUUCAGGCCCAUUCUUUCCAAAUUUGUACAUUGCUGGAGAUAAGGCGGGAGAUAAACCUCAGUCUGUACCAGACGUGCAUUUACCAGGACAAAAAGCCGAUUUCAGUGGACGAUCAGCUUUCAACCCUUUUACCCAUGCUGUCGCUGCCGUAUUCAAUGAGGAUCUUGUUGAUUCCUGGGGUACAGGUUUCGCUGUUAAUGGUGUAAAUAAUCAUGAUCUACAAGUGCGAAGAAACUUCGAUCAAUUCUCUGAUAUCGCAUUCGAUAGAAACGAUGGACUACAUCAGCCAUUUCUUACCGCUUUCUCUGUCGGCUCAGAGUAUGAUUUUUCAAAAAUCAAAGAAAUUUCUGUCAAUGAAAUGUUCGAUUUUGAUGGAAGGUUGAUGCUCAAAGGUAACGGAAACGGUAUCCUGAAUAGUGCCAUGGAGUUCCCGCUAACCCUAUCGGAUCCUAAUGAAAGAGCCCCCUACACAUUGAAGUAUUUGAACUUCAUGGCGGAUCGACAUAUGCAAUAUGGUCAUAUAGUGCCAAAUGUGAAUCUGUUCCUGGUUGGAAAGGAUAAGAUUAUGGAUCGACUGAUGCAAAAUCGCCUCAAUCCUACAAUGAUUGGUUAA